UUGAUUCCAGAUCUGCCAACUCCGAAGUCUGUGUUCUUCAGGGCUGGCUGUAAAUGGCCUUGUUGAUUGUGCAGGGCACAGCUGCAGCUGGCCUCAUACACGUGCGUGCUCUGAGCUUACACUGAUAAUCUGGAGUCUGCUCUACCUCUCUUCCCUGUAUUGCCUUCAAAUACCACACUUCGAGGAAUAGUGACUGGACUUACCAAUUCCACGUAUAAACCAAAGAAGUCUGUACAAGUGGGAAUCUGUCAACAGGUUACCUGAAUUGCAAAGAGAAGAGCAGAAAUGCCACCACCUGCAGGUGGCCCACCACUACACCCACCUCCUGAUGGAGGGUGGGGCUGGGUAGUGGUUGCAGCGUCUUUUAUCUCCAUCGGAUUCUCAUACGCAUUCCCCAAAGCCAUCACAGUAUUCUUCAAAGAAAUUCAGCAAAUAUUCAGCACCAGCUACAGUGAAAUAGCCUGGAUAUCAUCCAUUAUGCUGGCUGUAAUGUAUGCAGGAGGUCCCAUAAGCAGUAUUUUGGUGAAUAAAUACGGCAGCCGGCCAGUGGUGAUGCUAGGAGGUUUGCUGUGCUGUGUGGGAUUGGUCGCAGCCUCUUUCAGCACCAGUGUGAUAGAGCUCUACGUCACUGUGGGAUUCAUUGGAGGUUUAGGUCUAGCCUUCAACCUGCAACCCGCCCUAACAAUCAUUGGCAAAUACUUCUAUAAGAAACGCCCCAUGGCGAAUGGGCUCGCCAUGGCCGGAAGCCCUGUUUUCCUAAGUACAUUAGCUCCUUUCAACCAGUUCCUUUUUAAUAUGUUCGGCUGGAAAGGAAGCUUCAUGAUUUUGGGAGGCAUAUUGUUGAAUGCCUGUGUGGCUGGGGCUCUCAUGAGGCCCGUUGAAUCCAAACUAAGUACUAAGGCUCAAAAUAAGAUGGGCGAAACCGAGCUGGAGUCGGGUGUGAAAAACAGCCACAAGAAGCAAUCAGCCUGGGAAAAAAUUAAUAACUAUUUAGAUUUCUCCCUUUUCAAGCAUAGGGGUUUUUUGAUAUACUUAUCUGGAAAUGUCAUUAUGUUUCUAGGGUUUUUUGCCCCCGUUAUAUUCUUGGCUCCAUAUGCUAAAGACAAGGGGAUUGAUGAGUACUCUGCGGCCUUCCUGCUGUCCGUUAUGGCUUUUGUUGACAUGUUUGCGAGGCCUGCAGUAGGAUUCAUUGCCAACACCAAACUUGUUCGGCCUCGAAUCCAGUACUUCUUCAGUUUUGCAAUUAUGUUCACGGGAGUGUGUCAUCUCUUGUGCCCAUUGGCAGAGGACUACAUAAGCCUGGUGUUUUAUGCUAUAUUUUUUGGCCUUGGAUUUGGGAGUGUUAGCAGCAUCCUCUUUGAAAGUCUCAUGGACCUUGUGGGUGCUCAAAGAUUCUCCAGCGCCGUGGGACUCGUCACCAUCGUGGAGUGCUGUCCAGUUCUCCUCGGCCCUCCUCUGGCUGGUAAAUUGGUGGAUGAAACUGGAGAGUAUAAAUAUAUGUAUAUAGCCUGCGGGGCUAUUGUGUUCCUAGCAAGUGUGUGGCUGCUCAUUGGUAAUACUAUAAACUAUAGAUUGCUUGCAAAGGAAAAGAAGUUGGAAAAAGCAAAGGCGGAAACGUAUAACAAGCCUGAGUCCCGAGAAUCUGAACCUUUGAACGCAUCUAAACAACGUGAUGUUGAAGUCAAAAGCACGAGACCAGGGCGCCAUCUCUCAGAAAGAGAAACUAAUAUAUAGCAAGAAUCACACCUCUGAUUUCAGUGUUUGUGACUUUUUAAAAAAUAUGUUUUUGUAUUGAUUUUUUAGACAGAAAGGAAGGAAGAGGGGAAAGGAGAU